AUGACUACAACUGCCCAACUCCUGUCACAUCCUGAAUCCGUCCACGUCUAUGGUCGGGCGGCGUACCUUCAUCUCGUCGAUCCCGAGAUCAGAAUCUAUUACAUGGAAUCUUUCCCAUCCGGCAUACAGAAGAAGAAAGGCACAAUCCUUUUGAUUCAUGGAUUCCCCCAGACCUCAUACCAAUUCCGACACGUAAUGGCGCCCUUGGCCGAAGCCGGGUACCACGUCAUCGCCCCCGAUCUGUUGGGCCACGGCUUCAGUAGUAAGCCCAUUGGUGACAUUCACCAACAGAGCCCAUUCACGGCCAAGAGUCUGGCAAGAGACCUGUAUCGGCUCGUGACGGAGCACAUUGGCGUCAAGGACAAGAUUCAUCUCGUCGGCUACGAUAUUGGCGGCAUCGUCACGCACCCGUAUGUCUGCCAAUUCCCCGAGAGCGUCGCCAGCGUGACCUGGGGGGAGUGCCUGCUGCCGGGAUCCAAGUUCUACGAAAUGUACAAACACACCCGGAAGAUGUGGCAUUUCGACUUCCACAGCCAUAACACGGAACUCGCCGUGGCCCUGGUGUCGGGCAAGGAGCGGCUGUACGUCAAAUACUUCUUCGACCGGCAGACCCAGAACCAGACCGUGUUCCCGCCCGAGGCCGUCGACUUUUAUGCCCAGCAGUACGCGGCGCCGGACUCGCUCCGGUGCGCAUUCCUGGUCUACCGCGCCUUCGACGCCGACGCCGCGGAUAAUCUGCAGUGGAGGGAGGAGAUGGGCAAACUCAAGGUCAAGAACAUGAUGCUGUCCGGUCAGAGGAGCUUCCACGCGGACGAGGCCGUGGAGAUGGCGCAGGAGUUCUACGAAAACGUACAGAUCGGCACGGUGCCAGAGGCCGGACACUAUCUAGCCGAGGAGAAUCCGCGGGGGUUCAUGGACGAGCUGUUGAAGUUUAUAGAAGCUUGA